AGUUGAUAUCGAUUCUUGAAAAGACAUUCUGGUCUAUGCAAAACAAGGACACCGUGUAUUUUGGCGUUCGCUUCCUUGUUCGAGUGAAUUGUGGUGUGUUCGAAGGGAGAUCAGGUUUCCGUGCUAUGCGUCAUCCAUAGUGGUACGUGCGCGAAGGAUUCGUGAUCAACGCAAUUUAGGGGGUGCUCCUACCUAAUUUAUUUGCGAUUAACGAUCUGCAAUUCUGACUGUGCACUUUAUGUACAAGUCCGAAAAGUCCGCUGUUCCGAAACUUUCGGAUAUUUGAGCAUGAUAGUGAUCUUGGCCGACGAUGUGGAAUUCAUGCGGAAUCAGUUGAAGAUUCUCAAUGUUGAACGAACGAGGGAUAAGGAAGCCAUCUUAGAUCUCGAGGAUGAAGUCUUGAAGCUGAGGAAGGAGAAUGAGCAUAGAAAGGGAAUGCAAGAAGCCCUACAGAGAAAAUUGGAAGAAAACAGGGAAGCUAUCGAUUGUUAUUUUGUUCUGAAAGAAGAGAAUCAACAAAUUGUCAAACUUCUGAAGACCUCUCGGUUUGAACUGAACUCGAUUGCUGAUUCCAAGGCGAAAACAGAGUCAGCACAUAAAAGUUUGUGGAGCACUUAUGAAGAGGUGAAGAAUGAACUUGACGACGCUUUGAAAGUCUGCGAAUCGCUGGAAGACCGCGAGAAGAGCUUAGAAAAGGCCCUGGAAAUUCUGAACCAGGACUUCGAAAUUUUGAAACGAGAAAAAAAGGUCAUUGAAAAAGAACUCGCCGUACGUAACGCCGAGCUACAGAAGAUCAAAUCCGAACUGGAGUACGAGCGUAGUAAACGCGUCGUGAAAGAAGAAGAAUGUUUGCAUUUGGCAUCGGAGAUCCGGAAAGGAUCCAUGGACGACAACAUAAGUGUUUAUUCCCGUCAUACGUUGUCAUCUCAAAUUUGGGUUACCCCGAAGAGAGCAAAGUUGAAGCCUGCAUUGUCUCUGCCGGAUCUGCCCGAUGCGUGCGAAGAUUUAUCAAUUUCGUUGAGUAACUCGAGCGAAGAAUGCGGACGAAAAUCCUUACCCGUGGGGUGCAGUGCGAUGAACCUCGAAUCAGAAAUAUUUCAAUACGUUCGAAAUACUGUGCAACGGAAUGAAUGCGUGAAUGGUCUCCCUAAAAUGCCAGCGCAGUCCUUCGUUUCUCUUCCGUCUGACUGUGUUCUUCUAGGAGGAUCAGUACUCGAGUCAUCAGCCACAGAUGUAGAGGAUUUCGAGAAGGCGGAAACCAUGUCGCGUUAUACCACGCUCGUCUUCCAUUGGCUCAAGUUUCUCACGGAUACGAUCCUGAAACAGGCGGCAGUCGUAGCCCGAGACGGAAUUGAUGAAAGCGAGCUCCGAUGUGCGCAUUUGAAAACUGUGGAAGAGCCUGAUGAGGUGAGACGUCGAAGUGAACCCAUUUCUCUGUCGCUUCUGAUAAUUUCUCACUCUCUCGAAAAGGAAUUGACGAAACUACACGCAGAAUUACACUUUGGAUUGACACUUCCAAAUUCAAGAGAGAAGCGAUUGUCGUCGGCUUCCGCGGGCUUAUGGGAUUCUGAAAUUGACUCUGUGCCCGUCAAUGUAUCAGAUUCUAGCGAAGAUCUGGUCACAUCCUUCUCGCAUUUAUCGCUGAGUGAAUGGCAUCAUAGAGUUCGCAGAAGUCUCCUUGUGCUGUCAUUGGCAGAGCAAAGAAUCGAGGAAAUCAUGACGAUGCGUGGCGACGAAGAGAGUUCUUGUGCCAACAGAAAGAGGGCCAGAAGUUCCAAGACCGAGGCGUGGGAGAAGCUGCGUGACGUGAAGAUUCGGUGA